UUAUUUACACCAUCUCAGCAGCUAUCUUAGAAAUAUAACUUUGCUCUGUGCUUCUCUGAGCAUGCACUUCGUAGCCUAUAGGCUAUGGAUAAUUUGAAUGUUUUCUUUUGUAAAGACCAUUAAUGCAUGAUGAAUAGGCUAGGCUAAGCUAUGUAGAGCGUUUUCGAAGGUGUAGCUAGGCUACAGGUUGAUGCACAUUAGGUACAUCAUGUGGGGGAAGAACUUUAUUAUUUAAGGAAUGGUAAAUACUUAAAUGGCGAGCCUACAUUUAUUUAUAGGAAAGAGCGCCUCUCCACCUUUGACCUGGAUUACCAUAGCAACAGGGACGCGUCACCUAUUGUCACUGAUGUGACUGGUCAGGUCCUGCUAGGACUUGUCCAUUGUUAAGCAGUGUCAUUAUUAAAAAUAUAUUUUUUCAACCUCCUUUAUUAGCUAACCUUGAUGAUAAAGAAAAUAUAAAAGCUGUAACAUCAAAUGUACAAGUAUUUCCCGAUAAAGUGUUUGUUAAUAACAGGCUUACAAAAUAUAAAUGGAACAUGCCUGGCAACAAUAGUAUCUGGUGAAAUGGCGUCUGGUUACCUAGUGCUCGGUUUAUUUUAGCUAUUUGAUUAGCAAGCUAUAUUCAAUAACCUUUGACUGUGAAUAGAAGUUCAUUCUCAUUAGAAUAAAUAACGUCAUUGUUAUAUAUUUCAAAAUGUCUGACUCAGAAGAGGACAGUCAAGAUAAGCAACUUAAAAUUGUAGUCAUCGGGGACGGCGCAUCAGGGAAGACGUCCCUCGCCACCAGGUUUGCACAGGAGGCCUUUGGGAAACAAUACAAACAAACCAUUGGCCUUGAUUUCUUUCUGAAGAGAAUAACUCUGCCAGGCAACAUGAAUGUUACUUUGCAAGUGUGGGAUAUUGGAGGUCAAUCGAUUGGAGGGAAAAUGCUGGAUAAAUAUGUCUACGGGGCUCAGGGUGUUCUUCUAGUGUACGACAUUACAAACUACCAGAGCUUUGAGAAUCUGGAGGACUGGUACGGCAUGGUCAAGAAGGCCAAUGAAGAGUCAGACGUCCAGCCUGUGGUCUCACUGGUGGGAAACAAAAUUGACCUGGAGCACAUGAGGACAGUGAAGGCUGACAAACACCAGCGCUUCUGCCAAGACAACAGCCUCAUCAGUCAGUUCGUAUCAGCCAAGACCGGAGACUCAGUGUUCCUGGCAUUCCAGAGAGUGGCUGCAGAGAUUCUGGGGGUGAAGCUCAACAAAGCAGAGAUUGAGCAGUCCCAGAGGAUCGUGAAAGCUGAGCUGGUGGACUACCAUCAGGACGAAGUCCCCGUUAGACAGGAGACCAAUCAGAGCAAAAUCUGUUCGGUUCAGUAGUUGGAACGUGUGGUGAAGGCCGACAUCGUGAACUACAGUCAAGAACCUGUGGCGAGGACAGUCAACCCCCCGCGCAGCUCCAUGUGUGCGGUACAGUGACCCCCUCUCUCCCCCACCUCCCCUCUUGCCCCUCCACAAACUGACGAUAGCAGUGAGGGCUUCUGACCAGCAGGCUGCCCCUAACACACUGGCCCAUAGCCAAAGCAGGGGAAUUGAGCCAGCUUGGUUUAUUCUGCUGCACGCACACGCACACGCACACACACACACACACACACACACACACACACACACACACACACACACACCUUCUCUCUCAACGCACAAGUCUUGAGAAAGGCUUUAUAUCAGUAUUUCCUUGAGGGUUUUCAGGGUCAUCGGAUAUGUUAAGAUUUGAAUGUGAGGAUCUCUCUGUAUGUACAGUUUGUAUUUAUAAAGGGACCCCACAGUAUAGUCCUGGCUUCAAUACAUUUCAUAUAUUUUCAUGAAUGAUUUCUUGAGUAGUAAUCAGCUUUGGUUGCAGCAUACGUCUGUUUAAACAUGAAGUUAGGCUGAAAGCAAAUGGGCCCUCCACUUUUUCAGCAAUAUAUUUUUAGCAACUGUUAUUCUUUUGUCAUUUUUCUCCCUUCUACUGUCUUCAUUAUUCAAUUAUUCUUCAAAGGACCAUUUUUGAUUGUUUGUUUGUAUGUAUGUAUGUAUGUAUUCAACAAAAAUUUAAACGCAACAUGUAAAGUGUUGGUCCCAUGUUUCAUGAGCUGAAAUUAAAGAUCCUAGAAAUUGUCCAUACGCACAGAAACGUAUAUUUCUAUCAAACAUUGUGCACAAAUUUGUUUACAUCCCUGUUCGUGAGAAUUUCUCCUUUGCCAAGAGAAUACAACCACCUGACAGGUGUAGCAUAUCAAGAAGCUGAUUAAACUGCAUGAUCAUUACACAGGUGC